UAAAGCCCCGCGGCCAUCCUCCAGUCCUAGCAAGGUCUGCUGGAGGACGGCCUCGCCAUGGUGGGAAUGCUGGUGGGCGCUGUCGUGGCCGGGACUGUGGCGGUGGGGGCCGUGCCCGUGGUCCUGGGCACCUUGGGCUUCACUGGGGCAGGGAUCGCUGCCGGCUCCAUAGCGGCCAAAAUGAUGUCUGCAGCAGCUGUUGCCAAUGGGGGCGGAGUGGCCGCGGGCAGCCUGGUGGCCACUCUGCAGUCCGUGGGGGCCGCUGGACUUGCCACGUCAUCCAACGUCAUCCUCGGCACGGUUGGGUCGGCUUUGGGCGCCUUGGUAAUGAUUUAAGAAGACACACCCUUCUCUACCAGCUGAACCCAGUGCCAACGAGGCCCAGCCAAGAGAAACUGAACCCCCAGGAACUCCCUCUCCAACCCUAACCCAACUAAUCAGAAACAUACUGAAUAAAAUUACCUGCAAAUGCA